AUGUAUCCCACCCAGGAAUGCAUUGAUGAGGAGCUGCUAGAAUGGACAAGGGAAGGAAGACCGCAGGAGGAUAGUUGGAAUGGUGGAAAGAACUGGAAGGAUUGGAAGAAUGGGAUGGAUGUGAAGGAUGGAAAUAAGGUAGCUAUGCCAUUUCCGGCAUGGGAGGAGAUCGAACGAGGCCCAUUGGCUCUUCACCAGGCCUUCAUUCAAAUCCUCUCCGCCGACCCAACAGCCCUCCGAACCGGAGGCUUGGACGUCCGGUUCACAGGCGAGGGCGGGGCCGCAGGUCCGGGAGUGCUUCGGGAGUUCUUCGCCUUCGUUCGGGCACACCUCUUCGACCCGAACCUGGGUCUCUUCUCUCCCGUACCUCACGACCCGAGCCGGUUCUCCCUCUCCCUGGCGUCCCGAGCCAACCCUGCCGAAGCCAAGGAGUACCUUCGGUUCGCUGGACGUAUCCUGGCCCUUGCUUUGGCACAUCAGGUCCCGUUGGGAGUGAAGCUGUCCCGGUGCUUGUUUGCGCUGCUUGCUGCUCGCACACCCUCCCUUGCUGAUGCUUCUGAUGAUGAUCCCCAGUUGGUGUCUAGCUGUCGGUCUUUGCUGGCUAUGGCUGAAAGGGAGAGGGGAGAAGCAGCACAGGGAGGAGGAGGAGGAGGAGAAGGAGGAGGAGGAGGAGGAGGAGGAGGAGGAGGAGGAGGAGGAGGAGGAGAGGAGGAGGAGGAGGAGGAGGAGGAGGAGGAGGAGGAGGAGGAGGAGGAGGAGGACUAG